AUGCCGCGUCCGAGCCGCAAAAUUACCGCAUCCGCGUCGCAAACUCACCGCAUCCGCGCCUCCAACUUCCCCCUUCCGCACUGCAAACUUUCCGCAUCCUGCGACGAGCCGCCGCCGCCGCCGGUCCGCCGCGCCAGCCUGCGCCUCUCCGCCGAGAACAUGGUCUCCGUGGCGAACGGCGGCGCCGUAACGCCUUCGGGGGCGCUCCGCCACUACUUGCAGCGGCCGCAGCCGCGCUCUUCCCUCUCGCUACGCGUCGACUGCGCGGAGCUCGCGCCCGCCGCCAUGACGCCGGACGCCGUAUCGUGUGGCGUCCGCACGCCGCGACAGUCGGCGCGCAACUGCCCGCCCGCCGUGUCCCCGCCCGACCUCUUCGAUUUC